CCGGAUGUAAAACGCAGGGAACGCUGAAACACAAGAAGUGCUAAGUAACGCUGGAAGGUGUCAUAUGCUAAUAAAUCACAAUGUCUCGGAGGUAUGAUUCAAGAACGACCAUCUUUUCUCCUGAAGGCCGCCUGUACCAGGUGGAGUAUGCAAUGGAAGCCAUUGGACAUGCUGGUACAUGCCUGGGGAUUCUAGCCAAUGAUGGAGUGUUACUGGCAGCAGAGAGGAGGAAUAUCCACAAACUACUGGAUGAAGUGUUCUUCUCAGAAAAAAUCUACAAACUGAAUGAGGACAUGGCCUGUAGUGUUGCUGGGAUAACGUCAGAUGCCAACGUCCUCACCAAUGAGCUCAGGCUGAUAGCACAGAGAUAUUUGCUCCAGUACCAGGAGCCAAUCCCCUGUGAGCAGCUGGUGACUGCACUGUGUGACAUCAAACAGGCUUACACACAGUUUGGAGGGAAGAGGCCUUUUGGCGUGUCUUUGUUGUACAUGGGCUGGGACAAGCACUAUGGGUUCCAGCUGUACCAGAGUGACCCUAGUGGAAACUACGGAGGCUGGAAAGCCACAUGCAUCGGAAACAACAGUGCCGCGGCGGUCUCCAUGCUGAAACAGGACUAUAAAGAGGGAGAAAUGACUCUGUCUGCUGCUCUGGCCCUGGCUGUCAAAGUGCUGAAUAAAACCAUGGACGUGAGCAAGCUGUCUGCAGAAAAAGUGGAGAUUGCUACACUGACGCGAGAGAAUGGGAAAACCAGAAUCAAAGUACUGAAACAGAAGGAGGUAGAGGAGCUCAUUAAGAAGCAUGAAGCGGAAGAGGCCAAAGCUGAGAAAGAGAAGAAAGAGAAGGAGCAGAAGGAAAAAGACAAAUGAGAGCUUUCUACUUCUGCUUUUCUUAACAGGGGAAAAAAAAAAGUUUUGAAUCUUCAAUUGUACCACACUGUCUGUCUGU